AUGGAAAUCGACGAUAUAUCAUCCGAUACAGAAACUAUUAUCUACAGUGACGAAGAUAUUGAUUCAUCAAAUGAUGAAAUCACUGAAAACAAUUGGCGAUAUAAUUGGAAUCAAAUAUUCAAUAAUAUUCACGAAAAUAAAUUAAACAAUUGUACACGACCACUUGAUUUCAAUCAUCCAUGUCAAAUUCAACUUAAAAAUCUACCUAAUACAUUUUUUACAUUUCCAUUAUCAAAUGUUUUAUGUUCUCGAAUGAUUUGUGAAUAUGGUGUUCCAUUAAAUCUAUCGAAUAAAUAUGAAUUUUGUGGAACAAAAGUUGUUAACACGGCUUGGCAAAUUGAUAGUCAUCUAAUUGAUUUUCCUUUGCCAUUUUCAUCUGCAAUUCGAUCAAAUACAUUUGAACAACUUCAUUUAAAUUCAUAUUUUGAUUUACAUCUUCAUAAACUUAUAAUAUUUGGUCCAUGUUCACAUACAAAAAUGUAUAAUUUUGAUGAUACAAUUUUUAUGUCAUAUGCAACAAUUAUUGUAUUUUUACCAUCGAAUUAUACAGGUGGAAAUUAUCGAUUUAUUGAUCAGAAUUUGGAAGCAACUUCUACAAGUGUUUUUAAUCAACAUGAAUCGAAUAAUUCGAAAGCAUUUAUUAUUGUUGUACCAACCGGUUGUGAUCAUGAAAUCGAACCAAUUGAAAAAGGAUUUAAAAUUUUAUUGGUCUAUCAUCUCGUUACAAAAUCAAAAUCAAUUGAUGAACUUUAUUCUCUUCUUUGGAAAACAAAUUCUUAUUCAACAAAUCUCAAAACAAUUUUUGAAAUUCAACAAAUUCAACGAAUAUUUUCUUUUUGGAAAAAAAAUAUUAAUAAAAUGCCAACUAAAUUAAUUAUUCCACUUCAACAUCCACUCGAUGAUUCACCAUAUUUUUCUUAUUUAUUUCGUGAUAAAUAUCGAAUAAUAUUCGAAUUAAUUAUAUCGACAAUGAAAUAUUUUUCAUCAUUUUUAAUUUAUUCGGCAACUUUUCAAAUGAAAAAUUCAUCUAAUUCGAUAUUUAUUAUUCGAAAUAUAAAAUUAUUGAAUUCAAUAAAUGAAAUUACAAUUAAUUUAGAUUCAGAACAUCAACAAACAGUUUUAACAAAUGAAUUUCUUGGUGAACUUGAUAGUUAUGUUGAUGCAGUUGAAGAAAGUAUGGCAAUACGACAAUUUUUUCAUAGUACUGAUCCAACAUUCCACGAUGGCAAAACUUUCCACGUUCUUGUUCUUCUCCCAUAUCAACAUCAAUGGAAUCUUAUUCUUGACGAUCCUUCACUCGGCUAUCAUCAUUUAUCGUAUAUGUUAUCAUUACCAAUAUCAAUCAUAAACAAUUUAUCUCUUGAUCUCUUCAAUUCUCUUCUUCAUAAUCGAAUAUCUUCAUUCGAUAAACUUCUUGAAUAUUUAAUUCUUCUUCGUAAUCGAAUUGGUCUAACAAAAUCUUUAAUUCAAUCAAUAAAAUUUCUCUUUCAAAAUAAACAAUUCAAAGAAGAAUUAUUCUUUAAUUCGAAUUUAAAUCAUUUCAUUGAAACUUUUUCUGAUUUAUCUUUAUUCUUAUUUGAAUUUCUUAAUUUAUUUCGUAAAGCAAUCAUCUUAUCGAUGCCAACAAAACUCAAUGAAAUUGUUAAAUUUUUACUUGAACUAUCAAAUAAAACUCUUCGUUGUUUAUUUAUUAAUAUAUUAAUUCGUUUUAUUUUUAAACGACGAGCAUUUCCAAGACAUAUUUUAUUAUCAACACUUUGUUCAAUAUUUUAUUUAUUAAUUCUUGAUGAAUCAUAUUCAAACGAUUGUUUAAUUAUUCUUGCUUAUAAUAUUAUUAAACGAAUAAGAAAAAAUUCAUCAGAUAAUGAAAUUAUUGAAAAAUGUUUAAAAAUUUAUUUAAUUCCAAUGAUAAUUAAGAUUUAUCGAGAGAAAAAAAAUCAAAAGUUUCCAUUAGCUUUUAUUUUAAUUUAUGAAUUUUGUUUAAAUAUGUUGAAUUAUUAUUGUUCAACAUCAUUAACUUCAUCAUUUAAUAUUAUUUCAAUAAAUGAAGCGUUAUUAAUUUGUUCAUGUCAAUCAUGUUCGAAAUUACAAAUGUUUUUAAUUGAUUCAAAAAAUUCGACUUUAAUGUAUGAUUUAUCCGAAAAUUUAAUAUCAGAUCAUUGUCUUCGACAUACAUUAAAUAAAUUUCCAAUGUUAUCGAUGGAAUAUAAACAUGAUCCAUGUACUGGUCGAGCACAGACAUUAAUUAUUUCGAAAUGUUUCUAUGAACAAGAAUUAAAACAAUUAUGUUAUCAUUUAAGAAGAUUAUUGAUAGAAUUACAUAAGAUUUAA